AUGGAUCAAGGAAGCUUUUGUUAAAGUGAUAAUGAUUGCGAGACAAUUUGCUGUUUUAACCUAAAAUGUGAUAUAAAAAAUAAUUGUCUAAACAGAGAUUUGCUUUUGGCUAACUAUUAGAAUUAAGUUUGCGACCGAGAUUAAGAUUGCCCUGAUAGUAGUUGCUGCGUUGCAAAAUAAUGCCUCUCAGAUGAUAAGUGCUUCAAGUUAUUCAAAUCACCUUUAAUACUUGGAGUAUUCCUAUCUUUACCUUACUUCGGAAUACUCUUUUUGAUUGCUAAUUAUUAUUCUAAAAAAGAGAUUAAAAAACGUGAUUAAGUCUUAAAAUAGAAUGAGGAAUUUGAAAGAGUAUAGAAUGCUUUUAAAGAUCCUGAUUUUUCUAGUAAAUUUGAGCAUGAAGAGUCUAAAUUGGGGAAAACUGAUAAAUCUAAAGUAGAAAAUAGUGAAAUACUUUUAGAAGAUGAUGCUGAUAGUGCUACCUAAGGAGAAAACUCAAGUAAAUUAUCUUAGAAUAUGGAGGGCUCACCUCAUCGAGGCAGUGCAAGGAGUCCUCAUAAAAACAUCACUAGUAAUACUAGUGAAAAGACAAAGAAGGCUUAGACGGCUAAACACUAGACCUAGGCCAAGGUAGAAUAAGAUUUUUCUCAAUCUCUAAGAAAAUUAAAACAAAAUUUGUCAAAAAAUAUGCCAAUUUCUGCAAGAAAUCAAAAUAAUCAUGGUUAAUCAGGUUAUGAUGAUCAAGAUGAUGGUUACAUACCUUAUGAUGAAAAAAUGCUUGCUCCUAAAGCGCCAAGUUAAACUUCGGCACGAGGUUAACUCAUUAACUUCCAAUCAAGCUAGAUUGAUUAUAAUGACCUUCAUGACUAAUAAAAACAAGCUAAAGAUUAGAGCUACUAAUUUGAAGAUUUUAACAACAUGCUAUAAGCAGCAUAGCCUGGCAUAUAAUAAUUAGCUAAAAAGGGGAAGAAAGGAGGUAAUAAAUUAAUUUCAAAAAAAAGGGGUAAAAAGAAUAAUUAUAGCGAUGCAUUCAUUAAAAAUCCCUAUCAGUAAGAUGUGUUGGAAGAAGAGGGGAAAUAGCACAAUGUAUUGGAUGAGUCGAGUACUAUUUACGGAGCUUUCAAUUUAAGCAGUCAAGGAUUUAAUGUAAAGAUGGAUAAUGCAAAUGAUUUGAAAGUCAAUAAUAAAGCCAAAAAUAGCACAUUCGUGGGUGCUACAUAGAGUAACAAGUAGAUUUUUUAAGAAAAGAAAAAAUAAGUCAAUUAGCUCUUUUAGGAGUUUAAAGACACUGAAAAUAUAGCUCAUAUUCCAAUUUCAAAAAAUUGA